AUGCACGAUCGCGGUCUCAACUUCGGUAUCUAUGAGGAUUAUGGUACAAAGACGUGCGGUGGUUUCCCAGGAAGUUAUGGAUAUGUUGAGAAAGACGCACAAACGUUUGCUGAGUGGGAUGUCGAUUACUUGAAGCUCGAUGGAUGCAAUAUUGAUGAGGAAAAAAUGCCGGCUGGUUACGCUCAAAUGGAGCGCGCGUUGAACGCUACUGGACGUCAAAUUGUUUACUCGUGCAGCUGGCCUGCCUAUCUGAUCGAUCAUCCAGAAAAGGUCGACUACAAAUUAAUCGGUAAAUCGUGCAAUUUGUGGCGCAACUUUGAUGACAUCAACUCAUCAUGGGGAUCGAUUCGAUCAAUCAUUGACUACUAUGAUCACAAUCAAGACAAACAUAUCCCAAGUCAUGGACCAGGGCAUUGGCAUGAUCCGGAUAUGUUGGUGAUUGGAAACAGUGGAAUCACCGAGGACAUGGCGAUCACACAAAUGAGCAUCUGGUCGAUUUGGAGUGCGCCGUUGAUCAUGUCAAACGAUCUGCGCACAAUUGCCCCGAAAUUCGCCCAAAUUCUCCAGAAUCGUGACGUGAUUGCCAUCAAUCAAGAUCCACUUGGAAUCAUGGGAAGACUUGUCGCUAACACAACAGAUAUCGGUGUCUACGCCAAGCAAGUACUCCCCGGUGAUGGUCAAAGUUACAGCUACGCCGUCGCUGUUUUCAAUCGAAACACUAAUUAUGCUCAAGAUGUCUCUUUCUACCUCAAGGAUAUCGGUUUAAAAUCAUCAAGUGGAUAUCUAGUUGAGGAUUUGUGGGAUGGUGUCAAGUAUGGUAUCUUGAGGCCAGAUGACAAGUUCUCGACUCGCGUCCGACCGACGAGCACCACACUGAUCAAGGCCACCCUUGUCGACACAAUCCACAAGAAACCCCAAUUACUCUCAAAUUCCGUUCGUUCUGCAUACAAUCGAGUA